UUAUAGUGUGAUGAUAAGGAUAGUCUGUCAAAAUGACAAAAGGCAAAUACGAACAUCCAUGUGAAAUACCGUUAAUUCGUUAUUUGAUCGAUGACGUCAUCAGUUUAUGUUUAGCAAGCGUGUACCUAGUUACGAAAUAUAACGAAUUUUGUGUUACGCUCUCGUAUUAAGUACAAAAUUGUGUACAACCUUUUGUUAUUGUAAAGUGUGUUGCUAGUGAUCGUACUUGUGUACUUCAUGCAAUAUUUUUUCUAUAUUUCUAAGAAUAGCUUUGGACUGAUUAUUUUGUUACUUUUGGCGGCAGCACAUGAAGCCACAGAAAUAGAUUUCCUUGUGCAAUCUUUAAAAAGUGUGAAGACUGUUACGGUUUUGUGGACAAUAUUCUUCAAAACAAAAAUGUUAUCCGGUAUUUAAAAACAAGUCGUAGCAAGCCAUGGAAAAUCCUACAGUUACGGGAUUGAGGUCAAGGUCGCGUUCGAAAACACCGUUUCUCAGGUCUAGUUGUGACCGAGAAAACUGCACUGAGGGAGAAGACCACACACAUCAUAAAUCCGGAAGGAAAACGCCUGUGAGACGUAGCACUCCCAUUAAACAACUGCAGCAUCCCUCAAGCAAAGUACCAGCUGAGACAAUAAGUGAAACGGACGAGGAGCUAGAUGGCCCCGCCCUCCACACACGCCGAUCCACGCGGAUUGUGGAGCCCACCAGCGAUUAUUCCUCCGGUGAGAGCCAGGACCGGCUGAAGAGUCACAAGAGGGAGGUUGUCCAGAACGAGAUCAACAGCCGGUAUGAGCUGGUGUCGACGAGCUCGCGCGGGUACAGGACCCUCGCGGACUUCACCCUCAGCCCCAUCACGGUGCACAACGUGACGCGAGACCGGUCGUACCGCCUGAGCAGCCCGUCACACAGCGCCUGCUCAACUGACAGCUCGUUCGCUGAGCAAGCGUUGGCCGACACCAGCGUGCUAUUGGACAAGGAUCCGGGUGUUGACCACCUGCCCUACCGCCUGUACAAGAUGGCCGGCGAAUACUGGAACAAAUACCCUAAAACGGACUACACAUACUCGCCGCUGUCCAAAGACCGCGUGGAGCUGGCGCCUGGACAAGUGGCCGUGCCGAACAUGUCUCGGCGGUCGCUGUCGCAGUUCAGGAUCCAGGGUCCCAACACGUCGGCAGAUGAAGUAGACCUGAUGGCUACUACCACCUGGAAAACCAGCACCACUAGGAAGAGGUUUACUACAGUCGAAAGUUCCGAUGACGAAGGGGUGUACCUCCAAGGAAAUGGCGGUUUCCGGUACCAAGAACAGCGCUGGUGGAUCACGCAAUUACUUAUCUCUAUCGUCACGUCAAUAACUACGACAUUCAGCGACACCUACAGGAAAAUAGUGGGACCAUCGCAUCGGUACCCUUACACAGACAGGAGACCGGCUAAAGCCGGAGUAAUGUCUCGCGCUGCGUCGGCUUCGAUGGCUCCUUUCUACUGGAUCUAUAGUGUUCUGAAGAAAAUCGUCACCACUACUGUCACCACUGUCACUGAAACGAUAACACCGAACCACGUUGGCCAGACGGAAACAUACAAAGUGCAGAGCAAAGAACGAACUUCUCGGCGUUGGCCGUGGUUACUACUAUUAUUAAUAUUGCCGGCCCUCGCUUACGGAUGUUACAACUACUCAGAUCGAAUUCUACCUCAACCUGAACCAGUCAUAGUAGACACUUACAAACCCCCGGAAAUACUGCAAGAUUCAGAUUUAACCAAACGGAUGGCUGCUCUGGAAGGCUGGGCAGUCAACGUGGACUCCAAAUUGAAAUUGUUUGAUCGAAAACUAUCAAAAUUCGACAAUUUCGAAGCACAAAUUGAACAAUACUCUCUAAAGUAUUUGCAGCAGAAUUUCAUACAGAUUUUGACGGAUGGCAAUAAUGAAGCGUUAGCUGCUAAACUUAAGGCUUACUUUGACAAGUAUUAUAUAAGUAACGAUCAGUUGCAAAUGAUAAGCAAAGAAAUACAUGAGCGUUUGAUUAGUUCUUGGCAGCCUGGGAUGGACGAGGAUAGAAUUCGGAAGUUAGUUCAAGAAUACUUGGCUGUGUUCGAGAAGAAACAGACUGUGUUAAUGUUAGAAAGAGUGAGGGAAUAUGUAAGGGAGAUAGAAGUGCGCGGUGAGGGAGGCUCCUUUGAUCCGGAGGCUGUAAAAAAGAUUGUCGCCGGAAUGUUAAAUAUUUACGACGCUGAUAAGACCGGAUUGGUGGAUUACGCUUUGGAAUCGGCAGGUGGUCAGGUGAUAUCGACGCGUUGCACGGAACUUUAUCAGAUCAAGACGAAGCAAUAUUCAGUGUUAGGCGUUCCAGUGUGGUGGGUGUAUACGUCACCGCGAUACGCGCUGUCCCCGGGCAACAUGCCGGCCGAGUGCUGGGCCUUCCAAGGGUUCCCGGGAUAUCUGGGUGAGUACUAUAAUAAUGAGGAGUUAUUUACUCUUAAUCCACUUUCCCAUUUCCUUCAGAGGACCACGCGCGCUGGCCUACGUUGUCACCGUCUAACUGUUGCCACAAUUCCAAUGCGUACAAAUAAAUUUGGUGACUCACUUGUUUGUCGCACUAUCCGUAAAUGGAAUGCUCUGCCCGCUUACGUUUUCCCUCCCUCUUACGACCCGGGAUCCUUUAAAAUGAGGCGUGAUGAAGCAACAUGCAGGCCAGCAGGGUGAGGAUUCAUGGUGUGACAGGAAGAACUGCUGUACCAGCUAUCUUCGCGUCUGUACUUCACUUUCACUUAACAUCAGGUGGGGUGGAGUCAUUUGUCGGACCUAUCUAUAAAAAAGAACUAUACAAAUAUUAUAAAUGUACGGGGCGUUCUCGUGUGGUGGGUGUAUACAUCGUCGUGAUACGCGCUGUCCCCGGGCAACAUGCCAGCCUAGUGCUGGGCCUUCCAGGGAUUCCCCGGAUAUCUGGGUGACUAAAUACCUCAUCAUGAUCAGACUAUCAAUGUCCCCAUUGUUGAAGCACAGGCCUUCCCUAUGUAUGGAAUAUGGACAUUGGAUUGGUGGGUGCUAACGACUGCAACUGCAGCCGAGACUAAGAGCUCAUGGCCCAAUCUUCUUAUUCCAACAAUAGGGAAGGCCUGUGCCUGUGCCCCAGCAGUGGGGACAUUAAUAGGAUGAUGAUAAUGAAGAUGACUCUUAGUUUAUAGCAAAGAACGCAGUAAAUUUGUUAUUAUUAAUGUUCCAGUUGUCCGCACCUACGCCAUUAUCGAAGUGACCGGCUUCUCCUUGGAGCACAUGUCCCGGUUGCUGGCAGUGGAUGGGAAGAUCGAGUCGGCUCCCAAGAACUUCUCUGUCUAUGGUCUGCACGGAGAAAUGGACCCCGAGCCGCACCUGUUCGGUGACUACAUGUACGACGCAAACGGUACCUCCAUACAAUACUUCCCCGUCAAAUAUCCGAAGACGACCAACAUCGGGGGAGUACAAUAUCCAGUUGCUUACGACACCGUAGAGCUAAGGGUCGAGAGUAACCAUGGCAACCCCACCUAUACCUGCGUCUACAGAUUCAGAGUUCAUGGCAAUCCACUAUCAGACAUUCGACAAGCCACCGAAGACAGCAUUAAAGACAGUGAAACGUAGUACGCGAGCAAAACUUACCUUAAUAAUUACUCGAAGACAGAUCAAUACCCUGUGACGAUACAAUAUUGUGGUUAAAAUGUGCAGUGCGUGUUCAUUAAAAUGUCCAAUCAUGUUUGUGUUCAUUUAGAUACACUCGGUUAGUUGUCAUUUCUAGAUUUAUAUGUAAAUGUGGCCUUAAAUUGUGUUAACUAAACAGUAACAUUAAGAUAUUGUGUCCAAAGUACAAAACAUGUUUGUUUACUAACGGUGACUUACAUUAUGCAUAGGAUAAAUCGAAUCAUGUAAAGGUAAAUUAUUUAUAUUAUACAGAUUUGCUUAUGACCAUCGCACAAUGCUGUUUGAAUACGCUUAGUUGUUCUGAAUGUUUUUUACCGAUAUUUAUAGAAAGUUAUUUUAAUUAGAUUUUAUAAGUUUGUAAAUUAGGUUUUUAUUUUAAUGAAAUGUGGAUCAAAUGCUGUAUUUUUAAUUGGGAACAUUGUUGCUGAAAUUAUGGCAGCUCGACUAUAAUAAUAUGAAACCCCCAAGAAGUUAUGCAUCACUAUAAUUUAUAAUAUUACUGGGUUGAUUUAUACAAUCGGCUUGAAUCUUGUGUAAUUAUUUGAAACUGUAUCUAUUCACCUAUGGAGUAUUGCACUGCGUUAGAUCCACGUUGUAUGCUAAUAGAAUUUCGAAAUAGGCUUAGUGAAGGAGCUAGUCCAGUUAUAUAUUACUAAAUUUUAUCGCCAACUUAAAUAAGUGUUGUCGUUUUUAAGUUUUGCGUCUCAAAGAACAUAGUAAGUAAUUAGCGGGAUAUCAACUGACGUUCCGAGGAUCUUAUUAGAUUGUAAUUAGAUUGUAUGUCUUUAGAAAUAAUGUUUAAAAGCUAAGGUCUCACUAACCAGUGAGAUGACAAAAUUAUUGAUAGGGUUAUGUGGAAAUAGACAGAGGUACUAAAAUUUUAUAUAAAAGUAAGUUAAUAACUAACAAAAAUCAUAUGACAAAUUUACUAAUCCACUGUUAUACAGUUAAAAGUAAUUGUUUCAUCAGUCAUCCCCUCAGUUGUGUUGGCUAUCUACAACAUAUUUAUACAAAAGUUACCACUUUCGUAAAUCUGCUUAUGCUUAUUAUUGCCCAUAGUUAUAUUUUCGUGAGUUCUACAAAAUAAAAUCAAGGUCAACCAAAUAUAAAAUAUUUUAUUGUAUGUUGAGUGUUAAUGUAAGAUUGUAAAAACACGUUUACUUAAGAACGGUUAUGCUGAAAAUAAGAUUUUUUUUUCGCCAUUGCUUAUAUCUAAAAGUAUUUGUAUGCAUAAAUUAUUUGGUGUAUUUAAUCAAUGGAUGUCUAUGUCGUUUUAUUUUAAUAAAUGCACAUCUUGAGUGCUGAGUCAUAUUUACUAACGAAAAAUCUUUUUUUAUGGCUAUAAUUCUUUUAUGUAGGCGAAAAUCUGCACCAUUUAAACAAAUUUUAACUAAUGCUUAUACAAAAACUGUAAAAAUAAUUUGUGAUGUUCUGAAUAAACUUUUAUGAAACACUUUUAUGUUGGUUUUACUUAAAACCUCAGAUUUACGCUACGAUAAAGCUGUUUUCUAAUAAGAAUUGUGUGAUGGUGUAAACGUGCGAAUUUGGUCAAUCAAGGAUUCAAUUGCUAUUUUCCCGUGGCGCACUCAAUCUUUACCUAGCCCCAAUUAAAUAGCGAGAGCACUAUCAUGUUUCUUUUCUGGGAGCAGUGUUAUUCCAACAUCGUUGUGUAUGAUGAUUCCUUCUGGUCAGGCUCAGGACAAUGCCCCACCAUUGUCCUACCUAAAAAUACAAUCGAUUUUAUAUGUGUAAAUCAUGCUUAUAAUUG